GAAAGUGUAGUUUCUAUAUUCUAUAGUUCGGCGUAGUUGACAGUUUUCAUGGUCUCCUUUGUAAACCCCUUCAUCUUUCGGGGGCCUCAAAUGUCUAAUGACGGUGUUUCUAGUGAUUUAGAAUUAAAUAGCGCGGAACUUGAAGAAGAUAGUAAUUCAAGUUCAAAAUUUAAAUGUAGUUUGAGUUCUGAUAGUGUUCCAUUAAUUAUGGGACUUAACAGUGAUUACAGUAACAAUGGCGUUAAUAACUCGGGAAAUUUGGGUUUAGGUCUUUUACAAAACUUGGACGAAAGCAACUUAUUUCACGGUGAUGUUUACGAAUGGAUUGCACCAAAAAGAGAUUCUGGAUCUAUUGUCGAUUUGGAAAACUCUAAACUUGAAUCUCUGGACCUAAGUGAUAGGAUAAUUACUCUUUCUGGACUAACCUCACCAAAAAGUGAUAACGCAAAUAUUGAAACUGAAUUGCAAAUUAAUUCUGUGUACUGUUUGUCUCCCAAUCAAGCUCUACAAACACAAACUGACAACAUUAAUGCGUCAUUUCUUGAAGAAUUAAAUGGAUUUCAUUCAGAUCCAACUUCUAAAGAAGAUACUUUGGGUGAAAACUUAUUUUUACAGUUUUCACCUUUGAAGAAUGAUUGUAAAAACCCAAAUGCCGGUGCGGUAUCUUUAGACUUGAUAGGAUUAUUGAAUACCGGUACUAGUGAUGAGCAAAACUUAUCCAAGAAUGAAGUCAAACCAUCAAACCCAAGAAGUGCUCUACCUUUUAUAAAAAUUCCCAAAAAAUUAAUUCGUUCUGGUAAAAUUCUAAAAAAGGAAAACUACAAAUCAUUUGAAUUUUUGAAAGCUAUUGAAAAAAUUAGUACCUCUUCUGAUGGAUCCGAACAAGUAGCAUUUGAGCCAAAUGCUGCUAUUCUUGAUGUUGGUACACAUACAAACUUGCAGUUAUUAUCAUGUGAUAAAAUCAACAACAGCGCGGAGAUUGUUAUGUUUCCAGUCAUUAAUGAAGAUCAAAAUGUAAGUCUCUUAGAUGAGACUACAACAUCGUCUGUUGAUGGAACGCAAUUCACACCAUCGGUUUAUGUUCGUUGCGACCCGGUGAACGUCACUGAAGAGAAGCCAUCAAAAGCUGUUGUUGCAAUAUCAACCGACAAAUUGGAAGAUAGAACUGAAAUAGUUAUUAAAACAGAAAUUGGAGAGGAACAAUAUAUUGGUAAAGCAAGUGAUAUUUUGAAGGCAACUAGCUCGUUGUCUAAUUUCUGCUUAAAGCUGGACAACUCAAAUUCUUAUUUAGGAGAGGUGAAAGACAGCACUGAACUAACAGGUAGACCUAUACUUGUUGAAAUUAACCCCGAAGAUAGUCCUCUGACAAGGAAAGACAGUUCUCCUAAUGAAGAGGAGCCUGUAACUGAAGCGUUGAAAACACUGGGCAUUGUUCCAAACGAGCAAUGGGAAAACAAGUCCGGCCAUCGACAAAAUUGGUCUUGUCCAAUAGAUGACUGUGAUCAUGUAUUUGCCAAACUUUCAGCGUUGAAAAUUCACAUCCUCACACAUUUCAACAUCAAACCUUUCAAGUGUCACUAUGAAGGUUGUUCGUGGUCGUUUUACACUAGUUUUAGACUGAAACGACAUCUGACGACUCAUUUGAAAAAGAAAGAAUAUAAGUGUGGCAGCUGCAGUAGCUCUUUCACAACGAUCUACAACCUGACCACUCAUCUGAAGCUGCAUGACCGACCAGCCAACAUAGUUUGUUCGGUCGACGGAUGCAAGAUGGCAUUUCAAACUAAACGCAAACUUGAAAUCCACCUCAAGGAACAUGGAUCAGAGUACGCACCUCAUGCUUGUGAGGUGGCGAACUGCGGCAAGAGGUUCUACAGCAUGAAUGCGCUGCAAUGCCACCAGCGCGCCCACCAGCACGACAUCGGUGACCUGCAGUGCGAGUUCUGCCACAAGCUGUUCGACAAGCCAUGCCGGCUCAUUGCGCACAUUCGCUGCCACACAGGCGUCAAACCAUACGUUUGCAACUUUGAGGUUAGUGUUUCAAUGAUGUAAUAAAUUGCUCUUGGGGAAUUGAAAUGAUGUCUAGAUAACGUGUUAACUAAGGCUGGCCACUAACGGUAGGACAUGCAUGAUACACACAUGUCGUCAUACAUUGUUGUGUCAUCACAGCGAAAGGCUUCCAGCGAUAUGCUUCGAGCAAAAUGUUUUGAGGUUAGGUUUUUGUAUCUCCCAUUUUUCGUUGUUUAUUUUUUCGCUGGUCUAAUUGAUGUUAAAUUAUUUUUCUAUCCUACUUAUUUGUAAUUUUCAAGUGGAUUUAUUUAUUGUUGUUGGCUGUUUAUCCUAUGUUAGAAGCCUCUCGCUGAUUACAAAAAAAAACGCAUGAUGAACAUGUGUGUGAGUGUGCAUGAUAGACAUGCAUGUCCUUCCGUAAGUGUCCAGCCUCACAUACUGAAUAAAAAACGUUGAGACUUGAGUUUACAAAUGACCUAAUAUCCGCGUAGCCAGAAUG